AUGGCGUCUCAGACUCUUGCACCAGCGGCUUCAGUGCCUCAUCCCGCUAAAGAAAUGAAAGUCCUUUCUUUGGGAAUGACACGGACUGGCUCUGCUUCCAUCACCAAAGCUCUCACAAUCUUGGGCUACCAAGGAGUCCACCACGGCAUACAGGCCAUAUCUUCACCCCGCGAAUGGGCGCUCUUUUCUCGCGCCGCGGACUCGGUGUUUCCCACACUCCCGACUCACAACGGCGCGCCGUUUACCCGCAAAGACUGGGAAUCCCUCUUCGGCUCAUACGAAGCAGUCACUGACAUGGGUUCCUUCUUCGCGCUUCAACUCAUUGAAGCGUUUCCAGAAGCCAAAGUCAUCCUCGUUGAGCGCGACGUCGACAGCUGGUUCCAUAGCAUGGACGAAGCCAUCUUCAAGACCACCUGGGGCUUGCGCGCGGACCUGUUGGAGGACGGCUGGGCGCCGUUGUGCGAGUUCCUCGGUAAAAACGUCCCGGGCAGCGUUGAGUUCCCUGUGGCGAAUCAGAGGAAAGAGCAUCUUGAGCGCGUCAGAACGAGACAGAACCGGUUCUUCAAGCUCGCUUUCUUUACUGGUCUGCGGAAGGUGAUGCCAUGGGCAUUUGGUCUUGGGGUCGUUGCAGCGGGCGUGUACUUUACGAAGCCGACUUGGAAGCCAAGUCGGUUUGGAUUGGAUGAGCUGAAUCGCGUCUUUGAGACAACACUGAAAGACAUCCAGCUCCAGUUGAAGUAA